UCCCUGCUCGCCGCUCUCUGUUCAGCCGACAAAACGACGAUGAGAAGAGCGACCUCCGACCCGGACGGCCACGCCCACUCAUCCUCUGAGGGCGACGGGGCCAAACGCAAGGGCAGGGUUGCCAGUUCCCCGUGCGAUCCCCCCCCCAAGCGGACAUCCCGCGGGGAGGACUGGGGGAACCUGCCGCACCACGUGGUCCCGCAGGUGUUCCAGUACCUGUCGCCGGUGGACCGGGCCUGGGCCCGAGCCUCGUCCGUGUGCCGCCGCUGGAACCAGGUCUUCCACAUCCCCGACCUGUGCUGCAGGUUCGAGCUCAACCAGCCCGCCAGGUCCUACCUGAAGUCCACCCAUACCCUUGACCUCAUCCAGCAAGAUCAUCAAGAAGCACGCCCCUAGCACCUGCAGUACGUCAGCGUCAAGCUAUCGCAGGUCUAAGACUGUAUUUAUCAGCGUUGCACAAGCAGAAUGGCUAUAUCACGUCCACGCACGCGUACUGUGGCCGGGCGGCGAGCAGGGCGACGCUGGGCUGGGUUGGCCUGCGCUGCCCCCUCCUGGUGGAGCUGGGGGUGUGCGCCAGCGGGCUGGAGCCGCUGGAUGAGGAGCUGAACCGCUGAUCCGUUUCGGUGGGAACUCACGUUGUUUUGGUGUUAAAGUUGAACGAACUUAUCACAUCAGCUAAUGUAAUACACUCAACAUCGUCAGAAAUGCACU